GUCCCUGAAGGCAUCGCAGCCAGUCCCGUCCGGUCAGCUGUUUGCGCGCACCCGGCGGGAACGUGAUUUGGUAAAGUUCGGCUAAAGUUCGGCAGGUACCGGUUCAGAUUAACACGUCAACUUCCGGGAUGAACGCGCUGCUGCGGCGGGUUGUCGCGCGGCGGGUGGGCGCGUGCAGAGGUUUCCAUGUGGGAACUCCGUCAGCGACCUUCGACCUGAGGAAGGUGGAGCUGAUGCCUCUGGAGCAGAGGAAGCUCACCUUCGACUCCCACGCCAUGGUGACGGAGCUGGAGAGAAGUGGUUUCGAGAAACGUCAAGCCGAGCUGAUCGUUUCAGCUCUGGUCACGCUGAACACAGCCAACAUAGACAUCGUCUAUAAAGACAUGGUGACCAAAUCCCACCAGGAGAUUGCGCUGCAGCAGAUCAUGGCUCACCUGGACUCCAUCAGGAAGGACAUGGUGAUCCUGGAGAAGAGCGAGUUCGCCAACCUGCGCUCUGAGAACACGAAGAUGAAGCGAGAGCUGGAGCAGCUGCUGAACAGACUGAAGGAGGAGAGCGCGAAGGUGCGAGCAGAAACCAAACUGGACAUCAACCUGGAGAGGAGCCGGAUCACUGACAUGUUCACUGACCAGGAGAAGAAGCUGCUGGAGGCCACGUCAGACUUCUAUCACAAGAAAGCCGACCUGGAAAACGACAACAUAGAGAUCAACAGGAAGAUCGACCUGCAGGUGGCGUCGCUGAAAACCGUGCUGGAGUCCCUGAAGCUGGAGACGGUCCGGUACCUGGCAGCGACCGUCUUCUCCUGCCUCGCCAUCGCGCUGGGAGUCUACCGGUUCUGGAGGUGACGGAGCAGAACCAGCACCGGGUCAGAGAACGUUCUCCUCCUGGACCCUGAUGCAUGAAGAACUUUGUUUUUGUAACGCUGUAACGUUAUGUCGCCGCUCUAGUGGCCGUUUGGUGAAACGUCAUAAAAAGCUGAUCUUUCUGAUUUGAUGCUCAGAGUUCUGCUCAGACGUCUCUGAUGAUGCGAUGUUCUGUCCAUCAGCUGCAGGAUCAUCAGGUAUCAGCCCACCUGGAUGAGUUAGAUUAACUUGUUUCAGGACCAUUUUCUCACUAAUAUGAAAUAACUUGAAUAAAUCAACUUACAGACCA